UCGGCGAUUCGCCAACUGCGGAGGACGGAGUCUGGUCGAAUUUUAUUUAUUGAAAUAUUAUUUUACCCAUAACAUUGAACUUUUAAGUUCUAUCGUCAAUCAUGUGUAGUGCGAUACGCUUCAUCUCUUUGUUAUCAUAUUUUUUACCAUUUAGUUUCUAUUUGAGGGUCGAAGCGGCUGCUAUAGGAACAGAAUCGUCAUUACAAGAUCUGGGGAAGUUCUGGCAGAUUACAGAUGUACACUGGGACUUGAACUAUGCACUGGAUGGUGACCCACUCAAAAUGUGCCAUCGUCAUUCAAUAUCCAGCCCUCCCAGCAGCUCAGCUACUGUUGAAAAGCUCCAAACAAAUGGAAGGUAUGGCAAUUAUCUCUGUGAUGCACCAUGGAUGCUGGUCAAUGCAGGGCUUGAUGCAAUGAUGAACAUCGAUGCCCAUCCUGAUUUCAUCUUGUGGACUGGGGACAUUGGUCCUCAUGUGUCGGACCCCAAGCCCUCCUUAGACGUCAUCUUCCAGACGAUGAGCAACGUCUCCGCCGAGUUACUGAGACGCUUUCCUCCCCCAGUGGCAGUGCUGCCUGUGCUUGGCAACCACGACUCGUUUCCUCAGGACGACUAUCCAAACUGUCCAUCGUCAUUUUUUGAACGUUAUUUGGAGAAGGGAGGCUGGAGCUCUUUCCUAACCUCCGAGCAACAGGAGUCCUUCAGGAGAGGAGGCUACUAUUCCUACAAGGCCCCUGCCAAUGUCAAGGUGCUCGUGCUUAACACCAACAUGUACUACUUUGGAAACGAAUUGGGCACCACAGAUCCUGAUCCCUGCCGCCAGUUCACGUGGCUCUCCAAUGAACUGGACACUGCAAAGCUUCACAAUUACAAAGUGAUGCUGGUCGGCCACGCACCACCUGGAUUCUUCGAACGGUUUCCAAUAAUUCCAUCCUUCAACGUCACUUACAACGAACACUUUAUUGACAUCGUUGAACAGAGCGGAGCUUUGAUCCACUCACAAGUAUAUGGACACCUGCACACCGACACCUUCAGGAUCUACGGCUCUAUUGAGAGUGGGACGAGCAGCGCGGCGUUCAUGGCUCCAUCUUUGACUCCAUGGCAAGCAAACCAGACGUUCGGUGGCACUGCUGUUAAUCCUUCUCUUCGUCUAUACUCAUACGACUCUGUCUCUAUUAUGGAUUACAAGCAAUAUCUCUUGAACCUCACGCGUGCUAACCAAAGACCUACCAACCCAAGCUUACUUGUGUCAAAGCUUCUGGAAGAAGAAAUACCUCGUGAUACGACGCAAAUUAGCGUCGAGAAAAUUAACACUGAAUCGUUUAUUGCUAGCGGUGAUCAGAGUUCAGGUUCUUGGAAAUCCGAGUUGCGAAGUGUACAUCAAAAUGUAGACGUUAUGACUGAAGCAAAUAUGAUACAGAACUUCCCUGACGAUGAUCUUCAUUUCACUACAGAACAUUGGUUAGGAAGUAGAGAUCUGAAGGGAGUCGACGAACAUCUCGAAGACCCUAAACAUUCUGCGAGACCCUUUGGGACACCAGAACCUACUUAUGCUCCUUACACGGAUGCUGAUUUGCCAGAUUUGAAUUGGGAGUUGUAUUACGAAGGGAGGAAAGCAUAUUCACUUGACCGUCUUGAUGGUGUAGGCAUGAGCAAGCUUUAUGAAUCGCUCGAAAGCAACGAAGACAUUUUUGACAGGUAUUACAAACGCAAUUCCGCUGGUUUUAGUUACAAUAAAGGCCUUUGCAGAGGCCACUGCCGAAAGCAGCAGCUUUGUGCUAUCGCUAAUUCUCGAGUAAGAGAUCUUUUCUCCUGCAUGGCUUUCAACAAGACGUACAUUGAUUCAGUCCUGAAAAGGACUUUUGAUCGGAUUUCAGUAUCUACAUUUGAUGGUUACUUCGUUGAUACGCCAACUGCUGACACCACGGAGCACUUUGAGCCUACCACGCCAGUUGAAUAUCCUAUUCAGGACACUCCUUUGGAUGUCUGCUCUUCAAAAAACUCCUUGUCCAACCAUUGCAUAAGUUGGUUCUCACCUACUGUCAUCAUUGGUAUUGCUUUGUUUUGGGUCAUUUUGAUUUCAUUUCUCGCCCUGAUCUGGAGGAAGAAUCGCUGCACGGCUCGCACUGGUUCGUCAUUGCUCAACAGUUCUACCCACGGUUACAAACCUCUGUCUUCUGACGAACAUUAGGAGCCAGGCUGUAGUAUGAAACGCAUGAAAAUGCCAUCAAACAGCUAACUAUUAAAGACACGUAAAGUUAUUGACCUCCAAAAAGCCAGUCACUAAAUGCAUUAUGCCUAAAACUGUAAGUAUGUUAUCUAAGGCGGGAAAAUAGGUAGGGCUUAGUCGUAGCAAUGAAAUGUGUGAAUGUAAAAGGUGAUUUCACGUGUGUAAUGGGUGAUCAAAUUUAAGAUGUUUUUGCAAAGGUUCUGUUAGCCCAGAUUCGCACAGUGGUUCUACUCCUGUAAGUUAGAGACGCACAAAUUUGUUCUAGCGCUCAUGGAUCGAAAUGUUAAAGGAACAUACGAAUUGUAUUCCGAAAUUGAGGGCGUUGCGGCUUGAUUCUAUUAGUUAUCGGACCAAGUCAUAGUUAUUGGAUAAAAUGUCUGUAGAAUAAUUUUGGUGGAAUAUUAAUGGGAAGUUGAUGAGCCGAGAACUUUUAUGUGAUAAAUCUAAGCUCACUUUCGUUAAUUUUAUCAGUAUCGAUUUUACAUAGAUGGUAACAUGUGCAUAGUCGUUUACAUUAUUAUAUCGAGAACUAAAUGAUUUUAGCUUUUAAUUUAGUGAAAGAAUGGCGAACUUCAUUGGCGCUACAUUAAUCGGGAAAUAGACUAGAGUAAGCUACCAUUGAGUUCACAAUAGUAGAGUUUACAAUUUUUUAUGGAAAUUCUGGAAUUUUUUACCAGCGGGUGAAAUGGAGAUUUAGACACAGGAAAUUAUGAGCAAAAUAGCCAGAUAGACGGGUCAGGUAACAAUAGAAACCUGUCGAAUUACAAUUUUGUUGAGACACCACUUUCGUUUAUCUGGCUAUUUAUGUUUUAAUCUUGAGUAAUUUUUGUUUUUUCUCUUGAGAUUACUCUUUGAAGUUUAAAUUAUAAUCAAGAAGGAUAGUAUUUUUCUUGAAUGGUUUUCUGGAAGUUUUGAAAUGAUGGUCUAUGGAACGUUUCCAAUGAAAUUAGGGCGAAUUUUCUGGUCCUUGUUUUUCGCUCUAAAAUUUUUGAUCAAUUUGCGAUUUGAGGUAACUAAUAAUAUAAAUAAGUAGAAAAUACAUUUCUGCUCGAACUUGCCCGAAGAUGCAAUUUUUAUUUACACUCAAACCUACCAGUGUAAAAUGUUACUAAGGACGUCAAUUGACCCAAUAUUUAAUUAUGAAAUCCUGAGGUGAUGUGAUGUAAAUAUCCUAAAAAAUACUCCUGUAGUGCCUUUUCAUAUCUUUCUAUUUACGCUUAUUUUCUUCGGCGCUCUGGACAUUUACCACUGAAAUUUUCUUCUAUACAAUUCAACCUGUGAUUGUGAUAUUAGGUGAUACCGUUCCUAAGUUCGUUCCUUUCAUGAAUGUCUGUCGAUAUUAUCGUGUUUGAUGAUUUAUCAAGUUAUUUUAAAUGGCUAACUUCGUCCGUAGGAUAAUUAUCGUGGUUUAUGAUUCGCGUCUUUCAUUACUGUUGUGAUGUUCUUUUCAGUGAUAAUUUCAUUUUGAAACGCAAAUUAUAGUCAUAUUUAUUGCUUAUUGACCAAAGGCUAUAUAGUCUUUGUUUUAUAGUAGUGUAUUUGCACGUUUUAGCGUGAAAAUUAGGUCUCCAUCGACCAGCUGUAGCUAAUAUUUUUUGUUGCUAAGAAACGAUUUUUUUUAGAAGCUUGAAAUUUCAGAUUUUUCCUCACUUUUACACGAUGCCCUAGGCUAAUUGGUUUUUCUUUCAAAGCUUAUUCUUAAUGUGAAAUAAAGAUGAAGGAUAAUUUUUAGUUGUUAUAUUUGUUACGCAAGAGGAAUCGUUAGGUCACUCAAGUGUUGUUAAUGUUUACAAUAAAUUUAGCCGCUUGAAUUUAAUGACACGAGUGGAUAUAACAUACAAUAAAUUGUAUUAUCAAAUUAGUUAAACUUGAGAAAUAUAUACGUUGUAUCGAUUAGCAGUGUUCUUAGUCAUUUUCUGUAAAGAUUAAUGCACAAAAUAAAACCAAUUGAAACUUCACCGAGCUCUACAUCUUCACUGCUAGGCGGAAGCAUAACUUUAACUCCAGUUCAUUAAAAAUUUUAUCUUAAGAGUAUUUCUCGAAAAUAUCAUUUUUGCAAUGACCUGCCGGUGUCCCACUGUUACGUCCACUCGUCCUAGUAUGUAAAAACAAUAACGCAAUACGAGCCUUAGUUAAAACUCACCUCUAUAUCGCUGCUUGCCGGUCUGUGGUCCUUACGAGCAUCCUUCGUCACUUUCCCAGGUACAUAAAUUAAAUUCCUAUCCCUACAGAGGUCUUUUUCGGUAUACGUUCUCGUAUGAGGGAGUCAUGUUUGCAGUCUUUCUUAACAUCAUAAUGUUCUAUGUUGGUGACACUAAUAGUAAUCUAAAUUAUUUCAUGUACAUUAUUGUAGCUGAAUCCGAUUGUACCUGAUGCAUGACGUUCCGGGUCUGCUAUAAUCUUCUAUUGCUAGAAAUGAACUGUAAAUCAUGACACAUAAGACCACGCAGUAACGUCCAAUCUACAUGCCGACAAGUCUGCCCAUCACUCAAAUUGCAUGUGAUAGUUCUAAAAAUACUGAAGAAUUAAGUAAUAGUGUUGAAUUUAACAACCAACGUAACAUUGUUCGGAUACACUGUGCUGAAUAAAUUCAAUACAAAAUAAUCAUCUCUAGAAUACUUAUUCGCUGCUUUGAAUGAAUCGAUAUCUCGAUGCAUUUUAUUCAUUUCAAGAGUAUAUUAACAAUAAUGAACAAAGUAACGCUCGGGGUAUAUAUAAUUUCUAACAUUAUUCAAGUAAAAAUCCGCUUAUUCCAGACCUUAACCAAUUUAGCACCUUAUUAUGAACAUCUCAAAAAUGGAUCAUUAACAUAUCAAAGGGAACAAUGGAACUAAGCAUCAAAGUAUUCCUUUAUUUGACCCUAUAUUUUGUACAAUAAAUAUACAAAUGGUAAAACGUGAAAUUAUCAAGCAAAUUUAGUCGUACAUUACAAGCAUCAGAGCCUGAUAAAUACAGUAGUAGGGAUGUGAGAAUAAUCGGCGCAUGGCCAAAUAAAUUAAUCGAAUGAAGCCUCAAGAGUUACCUGAAUCCCCUUAAUAUGAACGAAGAAAUUUUUUUUUUUUAACAGUUUUUAACAUAGUCAAAAGUGUUGUGAUCGACAAGUUUAAUUGAUAAAUUAACUAAUAAUUUUACUAUCAUCGCAUUUCGAAUUAAGCUGGAACAGCUUCUUGAUGCUCUAGUUUCGCGGACUGUAGCACUGAGUGCAAGUCCUUGACGCACUGCCGUUUUGCCACACAUUAUCCUACAAAAAACCCUAAUCUCCAGCAAGUGGAGGAUAGGGUCUCGUCCUGCCUGUGGGCUCACACUUGUAAAAAAAAAUCCGAAUUUCGAACGUGUCAAAAAUGGAUAGGAAAUUGUAGAAUAAAACGGCACUCGCACAAAAAGAUCGGUGCAACGAGACGUGGUGCCAGAAAGUAAGAAGAGGGGGCGAAUGCCCCCCGCCAGCACAGUGCUACGUAGAAAGCGAAAUCCGAUAUUCUUUUACGCCUAGCUUAGAGUCAAAUAAUGUUCAGAAGCAUGAGAUGCUACAUUACAAGUAAAACGAAUAUAUAACAUAGUACAACAUACAAUUAUAUCCAUUACAUAUGCUAGUAACAUGCAUUAAAGUUACUCAUGGACGAAAGUGA